CCGCCGCCGCCGCCGCCGCCGCCGUUUCUGCUUUAUGGAGGUCUCUAUGUGUAUUUCCCCCCGCUGCCUCCCUCCUCGAUGAAUUGAAGGGAGAUGCGGGUAGCUUUUGGCCGCUUCGGCUGUACGGAGAGACACAGGCUCAAGAUGGCAGAUUUCUAUUGAGUUUAAGGGGGGGGGGGGGACCUGAAAUCCUGCUUCGUUUUUCUUUCGUUGCCAUGAAUAACAAGACAUCCUUGCACCGAUGGCCCCAAUGUACGAAGGUAUGGCCUCACAUGUGCAAGUUUUCUCCCCUCACACCCUUCAAUCAAGUGCCUUCUGUAGUGUGAAGAAACUGAAAGUGGAACCAAGUUCUAACUGGGAUAUGACUGGGUACGGCACGCAUAGUAAAGUCUACAGUCAGAGCAAGAACGUGCAAUCUUCACAAGCAGCUGCCGCCAUCAACGCCUCUCUCCAGAUCCCGAACCCCAGCAUCCCGUACGAGCAGACCAUCAUCUUCCCUGCCAGCACGGGACACAUUGUGGUGACAUCCGCCAACAGCACUUCUGGUGUGGUUGCAGUAUCUGGGCAAGCAUUGGGUGGACCACACAACCUGAUGCGUCGAAGCACUGUGAGCCUUUUGGACACCUACCAAAAAUGUGGACUUAAGCGCAAGAGUGAGGAAAUAGAGAACACAAGCAGCGUUCAGAUUAUUGAAGAGCACCCACCAAUGAUUCAAAACAAUGCCAGUGGGGCCACGGUAGCCACCACAACCACGUCCACUGCCACAUCCAAAAAUAGUGGGUCCAACAGUGAAGGGGAUUACCAGCUGGUGCAACAUGAAGUGCUGUGUUCCAUGACCAACACGUAUGAAGUAUUAGAAUUCCUUGGCCGCGGAACCUUUGGGCAAGUGGUCAAAUGCUGGAAACGUGGCACCAAUGAAAUUGUGGCUAUCAAGAUCCUUAAAAACCAUCCUUCUUACGCCCGGCAAGGUCAAAUUGAAGUGAGCAUCCUGGCUCGGUUAAGUACUGAAAGCGCAGAUGAUUACAACUUUGUCCGUGCUUAUGAGUGUUUCCAGCACAAGAACCACACCUGCCUGGUCUUUGAGAUGUUGGAACAGAACCUGUAUGAUUUCCUGAAACAGAACAAGUUCAGCCCAUUGCCUCUUAAGUACAUCCGACCAAUCUUGCAGCAGGUAGCCACAGCCCUAAUGAAAUUGAAAAGCCUGGGCUUGAUUCAUGCAGACCUCAAACCGGAAAAUAUCAUGUUGGUGGAUCCAUCUCGGCAGCCGUACAGGGUCAAGGUCAUAGACUUUGGUUCUGCCAGCCAUGUGUCAAAGGCGGUAUGCUCAACUUACCUUCAGUCCAGAUACUACAGAGCUCCUGAAAUCAUCCUUGGUUUACCCUUCUGUGAAGCAAUUGACAUGUGGUCGUUAGGAUGUGUCAUCGCAGAACUUUUCUUGGGCUGGCCUUUAUAUCCGGGAGCUUCAGAGUAUGAUCAGAUCCGAUAUAUUUCACAGACGCAGGGUUUGCCAGCUGAGUAUUUGUUAAGUGCAGGGACAAAAACAACAAGGUUUUUCAACAGGGAUACUGAUUCACCAUAUCCAUUGUGGAGGCUAAAGACACCAGAUGAUCAUGAGGCAGAGACAGGGAUCAAGUCAAAAGAAGCAAGAAAGUAUAUUUUCAACUGUUUGGAUGAUAUGGCACAGGUGAAUAUGACAACAGACUUGGAAGGAAGUGAUAUGUUGGUGGAAAAGGCAGACCGGCGGGAAUUCAUAGAUUUGUUAAAGAAGAUGCUGACGAUAGACGCAGAUAAGAGGAUAACACCGAUUGAAACACUCAACCAUCCAUUUGUCACCAUGACGCACUUGCUUGAUUUCCCCCAUAGCACCCAUGUCAAGUCCUGUUUCCAAAACAUGGAGAUUUGCAAGCGACGGGUGAACAUGUACGAUACAGUGAAUCAGAGCAAGACACCAUUCAUCACCCAUGUGGCCCCAAGCACAUCAACCAAUCUAACCAUGACCUUCAACAACCAGCUCAAUACGGUCCAUAACCAGGCCACCACCCUGGCUUCCACCUCCACCACCAGUGCCACUAUUUCCUUAGCCAAUCCUGAGGUCUCCAUACUAAACUACCAAUCUGCACUCUACCAGCCCUCGGCAGCAUCCAUGGCUGCAGUGGCCCAGAGGAGUGUGCCCCUGCAGACUGGAACAGCGCAGAUAUGUGCCCGACCGGACCCCUUCCAGCAAGCCCUCAUUGUAUGUCCUCCAGGCUUUCAAGGCUUACAAACUUCCCCUUCAAAGCAUGCUGGUUAUUCUGUGCGGAUGGAGAAUGCUGUUCCAAUAGUCACUCAAGCUCCAGGUGCUCAGCCCCUUCAGAUCCAACCAGGACUGUUAGCACAGCAAGCCUGGCCUAGUGGUACUCAACAGAUCCUGCUCCCUCCAGCUUGGCAGCAGCUGACUGGGGUAGCUGCCCACACUUCAGUUCAACAUGCAACUGUCAUCCCAGAAACGAUGGCUGGGACGCAGCCCCUGGCAGAUUGGAGAAAUACACAUGCUCAUGGCAGCCAUUACAAUCCUAUCAUGCAACAGCCUGCACUUUUAGCUAGUCACGUCACCCUUCCAGCAGCCCAGCCUUUAAAUGUGGGGGUAGCUCAUGUCAUGAGGCAACAACCAACCAGCACCACCUCCUCAAGGAAGAAUAAACAACACCAGUCAUCAGCAAGAAAUAUGUCCAAUUUUGAGGUGUCCUCCUCUCAGACGAUCAGCUCCCCACAGCGAUCUAAGCGAGUCAAGGAGAACACCCCCCCUCGCUGUGCCAUGGUGCAUAAUAGCCCAGCCUGCAGCACCUCGGUCACAUGCGGGUGGGGUGAUGGGGCUUCCAGCACCACGCGGGAGCGGCAGCGACAGACGAUAGUCAUUCCUGACACGCCCAGCCCUGCGGUCAGUGUCAUCACUAUCAGCAGCGACACUGAUGAUGAGGAGGAACAGAAACACGCACCCACCAGCCCCCUCUCCAAGCAAAGAAAAAACGUCAUCAGCUGUGUAACUGUGCAUGAUUCCCCCUACUCCGAUUCCUCUGGCAACAACAGUCCCUACACAGUGCAGCACCGUGGAAACAACAAUAAUGGAAAUAGCUAUGAUACAAAGGGAGCACUGGAAACUCACUGCAAUGGCAAUCCCCGGACAAUCAUUGUACCGCCACUGAAAACGCAGGCCAGCGAGGUGUUAGUAGAAUGUGAUAGCUUGGUACCAGUCACCACCAGUCACCACUCAUCCUCCUACAAGUCGAAGUCCUCCAGCAUUGUGACCUCCACCAGCGGUCACUCUUCAGGGAGCUCGUCUGGAGCCAUUGCCUACAGGCAGCAGCGGCCAGGACCACAUUUCCAGCAGCAGCAGCCUCUUAAUCUCAGCCAGGCCCAGCAGCACAUCACGACGGAUCGCACAGGGAGUCAUCGGCGACAGCAAGCCUACAUCACUCCAACCAUUGCUCAGGCGCCCUAUUCCUUCCCACACAACAGCCCCAGCCAUGGCACGGUCCACCCGCACCUGGCUGCGGCCGCUGCUGCUCAUCUCCCCACCCAGCCUCAUCUCUACACGUACACUGCGCCUGCCGCGUUGGGCUCCACUGGCACCGUGGCCCAUUUGGUGGCUUCCCAAGGUUCAGCUCGUCAUGCGGUGCAGCACACCACGUACCCGGCCAGCAUUGUCCAUCAGGUCCCCGUCAGCAUGGGCCCUCGUGUCCUUCCGUCGCCCACGAUCCACCCCAGUCAGUAUCAAGCCCAGUUUGCCCACCAGACCUAUAUCAGUGCAUCUCCAGCCUCAGUCUACACUGGAUACCCCCUGAGCCCCACAAAGGUCAACCAGUACCCUUACAUCUAAACACUGGAACGAGGAAGCGUCAUGGCAUACAAUGAGGGGAACGGGCGGCUUGUAUGCUGAAGAACGUUUCAGGCAAAUGAACAAUGCAGUGGGAGGCUCAAACAAAACUUGAACAAAGGAGACUUUGAAGAGGAAAUGAGAGAAGAGGCGAUACCAGUCCUACACUUUUUAUUUAAAAAAAAGAUAAGAAAAAAAGAAUAAAAAGAAUGAAAAACAAAUGUACAAAAAAAAACCCAUUCUGUACCAAACCACAUAGUGGAAAAAGCAAAGGACCUUAGUUGUGUGGUCCUGUUUUUGGAUAACUUCACCAAUAGACUUUUACAAAUUAUUUUCAUCUGAUUACAGGAGACUACAUUUAGGAAUUUGCUGUUCAAACCUCCUAAUACAAAGUUUCAUAGGUGUUUGGGUAUAUUUUUUUUAAUUCAACCAUGAUGCAUAGAAAUUAGGGAUUUAUCCAGUAUUUCAAAAGGGUUAUCGCUUUGUCAUUGUUGCUGUAACCCAAAAUAAAAAAAAUCCAUAAAAGUGUGAUGUGUUUUCUGUUGGGAGGAUCAAUAGAGGAACCAGCAAAGGAUGAGGGAUGUUUUGGAUUUUUCCAGCUCUCUCUGUCUCAGGCUUAGCAGCACUAGUAGGCUGGAGAAACUGACACUAAGCAGAAAACACUAUCUGGCGGAAUUGAGGCAAUGGGGAGAUUGGUUCUUAAUCUGAGUGCCCUGGAUAAAUCCCUGAGAAAUGUUAUUCGUAAAAGAAAAAACUUAAUAAUGAACAAUAGAAUCUCAUCUUCCUUACUUUCCUUCCUCCUCCUUUCUUUCUUUCUUUGGAUAACCCCUCGCCUUUGGCAGUCCAAUCCUAACAUCUCCUGCUCCAGGGUCAUGAGCUGUUCCAAUAGCUCAUUCAUCCCAGUGUCACAAAGCAUUACAGUGACAUUGCACCGGUUUCUUGGAGCAGGUACACAAUCCCAAGUGCUUAGGAUUGGGCUGUUAGUGUAGGAGUAGAGGUUCUAGCUGGCCCUUGGUAGAAUGUAGCACCAUACCAUACAUACACCCUUUUUUCUACUUUUUGUUGAAUUCCAAUGAUACCAAUAGACUAUUCCUCAGUGUGAUUGCACAAAAAAGUGAUAUAACAUAGGCAUGUAACAAAUGUGAUUGUCCAGGUAUAGAUGUGUGUGUGUGUGUGUGAGAGAGAGAGAGAGAGAGAGAGAGUGCGCACGUGCGCGCUGAUGCUGCCUUCUCUUGUGGUGUGGUCCUCAGCACAGCCAUUACAAACUGUCACAGUCUUAGUUUUACAUCAUUCCCUUGUAGUGCCUUACCAAACUACAGUUGCGGUUUUAAGGGUUUACUUCCACUGGUACUCCUAGAAACUGACUGAGGCUGGUUGGAAUUUAAUCUCAGCUCUUUUUCUUCUUUUUAGUGCGCUUCAUUGUUGCUUUCCUUCUUUUAGACCUUUUGUUAUUGAACUGUCUUUCUUGGGUAAGUUGCAAGGGUCAAGGAAGGAUCUAUGGAAAUGUUUGAAAAAGAGAGUGGGCCUAGCAAGAUUUUUUGGGAACUGAAAUGACUGGACUGUCUGUUAGACCCUAAAGCAGCUUUCCAAGUAGUUCCAUUUCAUUGAAGGAGUUAAUGAUAGAAUUUCCUGUCCAGAUGUUUUGCUCCCCCCCAUAAUUCUUUGCAGUCUAGUAUUCUUACUAAAAGAUAAACAGAAAAGGGGACUUCUAGGCUUGCUUUGGAUCAGAAAUAUCUAGUACCUCAUGUUAAAUUGCUAUGUCUGAACUGGGAUGUGAGGGUGGGGGGAGAUGAUUACCUGGGAAGGACUCUAUAUGUUUUCACUUGAAUGUUUUCAGUGGGAAAAGAAAUACAAGAAUGAGAGGAAUUCUUUCUAGAGCAUCAGACUCAGUUUUGCUCCAGAAGAUACUUUUCUGGAGAAGCUAUUGCACUGGCACCUGAGCAGGUUGGGCAGCCGAGUCCUUGGCCCAGGCUAUGCUUUCUUUCCAGGAGUAGGGUGUGAUCGUGUGUGCCGAAGAAAUCCUGGAGCUAGACCUAGUUAGAGAAGCCAUGAUGAGAUCCAUCGUGGUGUAGAAGCUAAACUUUAAAUUCUGUUUUCUUCACUUCUUCCCACCUCAUUCUUACCGUGGUUUUAAAAAAAGUUCAGAUUUUCUGGCUGGAUUCUGUAUCCUCUGCUCCAAAUAGUCUGAACUACUUUUUUCAAGUUUUCCAAAGAGAAGCUUUUAUACAGUAAAAAAGUAAAAGGGUUGAGGGAAAUGUUACUGCUACGCCAAUGCAAGUGGGUGUUUUUGCUGUGUCAGUGCUCCGUGUUUUUCCCCCUGUGGAGAUUUACUUGUACGGGUGGUCUGAGACCUGUCCUGUAACAGGACGUAUACCUGCACAGUAUCUCAGUACCACUACAGCUGAAUUUGUGGCUUCAGAAAAGGAGUGUUUAGGCAAUAUGGUAAGAUGUUGGGAUAAGGCAGGUCAGUUAGCUAAGAGAAGAGGGAGGGGUCCCAGGGAUGGUUAAGUCGAAAGGUUUCUCAGGAGGUAAGUUGGCAAGAAAGACAAGCACAGUUGUAAGAUCUAGAAACAGGCAUGCAUGCCUUGCAUGGAGGAAAGAAGGGCUCUCAUUAUGACUACUUUGCUGGACACAAGUUACAUGGCAAACCCUCAAAUACAGUCUUUUAGCCAUUUUUCUCCCUCCCCAUAAGGACAGUAAUACCAGCCUGGUCUUUCUUUGGUUCAUACACCUUACAUAUUCCUGUUCUGAAGAACACUCUCUCUGGUACCCAUCCCGUUAAAGAAGUUCUGUACUUUCACAAUGUAAUAUACUUCAUUCCUCUUCUAUCUCAUCACAUUUGGAAUGGAAGCUUUGUGCUGCUUGUGUCAUUACGAAGGAGUUUGGGUUUUUUGUUUUCACUGUGCUGUUAUUAAUUUUAAUGUUAUAAUUAUAUUUUACUCUUUGUUCUAAUUGCACAUGCAUUCCUGCAUCUUUGUUGUUAUUGUUGUUGUUGUUGUUAUUAUUUCUUAAUAGAGUAUUGGUUGUUAAUGAAGUAGGGUUUCUUCUGUGUCGGUGACACAGAACAGUUCUCGCCCACAUAGGUUUUGCGGGGAAAGAAAGACAAGGACAGUCUGACUGAGAGAGGAACCAAGGGAUGUGACAGGAAAUUAUGACUUCCUGCAGUGCAAAUAAGUGGUGGUGAGGCUCAGGCUCAGACAGUCCCCUCUGUAGCCUUUCACAUGAGGUAGGGAGGGGGUCCUAAGCAUGCACUUCUGGUUCUGAAAUAGCCACAGUUCCCCGUGAUGUCCAAACCCAGGAAGCUCUGAAUUGUUCACCAGCAGCUUGGCCUUAGCUUGCUUUCUCUAAUCUUUGUUUAAGCAAACCACAGUUCCAAGUUUAAACAUUGUGGGACACUCUGGUUACUUGAAAACCAGAAACAAAUGUUUCUUGUAUCCUUGGGAAGGAGAAGCAUGCAAGCUCAAAGUGUGUUCACAUGGUGUGUUCACACGGGGGGCAAUCCUGGCUUCUUACUAGAUCUGAACAAUGCCAGUGGGAUAGCCUCACAACAUCUUGUGAGUAAACCAUUUUAGGCACAAAUGGUUCAGAAAUGGAUUCAAGAAGGAUAUGAGGAUCAUGAAGAUACUGAUCUUGCGUGGUAGAAGCUAAUGUCCGGUGCAUUGCUGUGGUAUAGAAUAAUAGGGCAAAACCACAACCCUUUAUUACAGGAUUGGAGGUGUCCUGUAAUAAAUUAGUUAAGUUUCUACUUUAAAACUCCAGUGGUGACUAAGAGCGAGGUUUUAUCAUCUGAGUGCAGUGACAUUUAUGGGGCCAGCUAAGGAGAAGUUAUGACUUGAAUUAUUAGCUAUUUAAAAACUGAAAAACUCCAAAACUCAGAAUAAGACAUGGUCUGUUUUGUCCUUGGAUGUUGUUUAUGAUUACAAUAAUAACCAUAUGGCCAAAAUAGUUUGCAUUUUCUCCUUCCCAAAGCAUUUUCUUCUUACGCUUGCAAAUACUUUUAGUACAAAAUACUGAAGUACAAAAUAUAAAGAAGUACAAAAGACUUCUAGUACAAAAUGAUCUAAGAUUUUCUUUUCUCCAUCCUCAUUUUUCACUACAAAACUGAGGAUGUCUGUUGUCUUCUGCAGGAUGCUAUUUGGUCAAGCAUAUUCUUAAAGCUCAGCAUUUGGGCAUAUUUAACACAUUAAUAUUUAUUGGUAUAUCAGGAAUGUGUGUGAUUGUCUGAUUUGUGGCAAGAAAGGAAGACAGAUAGAACUGGCUUUAGUUGUUCAUUUUAAAAUGUUUUAUUAAUAUAUUUUACUUUUACUUUUUAUGUGUGUCUGUGUCUCUGUGUUAUUUUCAGUGUAGAAUAUUUCCAAUACUGUAGGAACAGGGAAUCUAAAGAUUUUUGAAGUGGAGGCAACAACAUUCACAAAUUGUACAGGAGGUGCUUCCCCACCACCUGCCAUGGUUGGAAAAAACUUUAACAGCAUAGGGUCAGAUGGUGGAUUAGUUAGAGAGGCAAGACUGAGGUGAGGAGGUAGUGAAAUAAAAUAUCCAGAGGGGAUAUUUGUGUUUGCUGUUCCAGUGAUGGGGAAUGUCUGGCCCCUUCCCCAGUUGUUGGUGGACUGCAAUUCCAGUCAACCCUAGCCAACAUAGUUGGGGUGAGGAAUGAUGGAAGUUGCAGUCCAACAGCAUCUGGCGGGCUGCACACUCCUCAUCCCUAUGCUGUGGCAACAGGAAUAUGUGCAUUUCUUUUAGAGAAGGAGAUGGAGGUAAUGUUUUACUGAAUAUAGUAAGCCACUGAAGUUAUUUUUAGACAUAGUGAAUAUCGUCUUUACCAUGGGGAGAGAGGUGUGGCAUGUCUAGCACAACAUUUGGCAACCUGGCACUCUCCACGUGUGCUGGACAACACAUUCCAUUGGCUCCAGUCAGGAGAUACCUAGUGGUCAGGAUGCAGAGGAUGGUCCAGAGCAUCUGAAGGGUGCUCAUGCAGGCCUCCCGCCACCUGAUCGGUAUACUGCAGUGUUAUCGAAGCUGAGGAGCACAGCUAGCAUUCCAUAACAUCAGCAGGACCCACCACUAGCUAGAGUUUUCUAAAGCCACCAGAAAUGUGCUGAAAUUUUUCCAAACAGGUAAUUGGAGCUCAUAGGAGGAAACACUAGUUGCAGAUCUCACUUCCAGAAUGCAAAACGCUCGUGUUUUGAUUUGUUUCUGGGGCAGCUCUAGUUGUGCCCAGGGUGUUUUCUGCUGGCACAAUUUCAUCAGCAGAGGCAGGUGGGGCAAUAUUGGAUACUGCCAAGAAAGUAGACUGGGAAUUAGAUAUGAGUGAGUAAUCGAAUGAGAAUGAUUUCCCUGAUGCUGUGCUGCCCAACCCAGUAUCCUUCAGAUGUCUUGGGUGACAACUGGUAUCAUCCCUGCCCAUUGGUCACAUAUUAGCUAGGAAUGGUGGAUGUUGUAGUCAAAUAUAUACAGACGGUGCAAGGUUAUGGAGAGCUGAAUUGGGGGAUGAUGCUGUUAAUUCAUCAGCAUGCCCUUUGGAGUUCUUCGCGAAUCUCUGGGGAAAGUGGCUUAAGAUGUGUGAAAGGAUGUAACAGUUUAAUAGCGGCACUAGUGUGUACCAUUGAGGAAACAAAGGCUGUAAUCUGAUACAUACUUCUGUACCUAGCAAUAAGUAUUAAAGUCAGUCUGGCUUUUUGUCUGGAUAGGCAUCUGUAGGAUUGCAUUGUUAAACUGCUGCAGCAUUUUUGAGAAGUGGUUCUUUGGAAGGUGCUAGACUGUAAACUGCAGUAGCUGUUGCCCACAAGUGCAUCUUGCAAUGCUGUUAGAAUGAAGCAAGGAACCCUUUCACCAGAUCAGUUUCCUUGCAUAGGCAGGGGAUGGAGAGGAUGAGAUCCAUCAUGUUCAUCUUUUGGUGAUUCCUAAUAGUACAUCUCCAAAUGUUUAAAUGCAAUGGAGGACCUACUUCCAGAAGGAAACAAGAGAAGACGUAGAUUUCCCCUGCUCCCCUUGUCCCUCAUCCUACAGGCAAGACCCCUUUAACAACUUGAUGCCGUUGUCUGAAGAAGUAAUUCCAGUUUCAGUGAACUUGGGCCCUGUACCUGUCAAGGUUUAAUAUUUUCCACCUUUCCCCUCACUUUAGUAGCUCAGUCAUAUCACAGCCCAAUGAAAUAAUACUGUCUCUCCUUCCUUUUUUCCAUACCUCUUUAAGGGAGCAUGCCUCAGAAUUUGGCUUGAAAAGAAAUUACAAUUUACCAAAUUUGAAGGGAAAUUAAAUCCCAUGACUUUUUUUAACCAAAGAUUUUAAAAAAUGAAUAAAUAUUUAAAUUAGAGCAUGUCUUUGUCCACUAAAGAUUUCAGUCACGUCAUGAGUGACAUGAUAUGGAAUGCCAUUUUUCUUUUGGCUGCCUUUCUGGUUUUGUCACACUCACUAUCCUUCAAAUGUGAAUCUGAAGAAGUUUGCUUGGGAGAUUUCAGUCGUGUUCACUGCUGUUGGCCGAAAUGUCAGUAGGUGCCUGGUGAAAGGGAGACAAAUGCUUGUGUCACUCAGAAAUCGUUACAAUAAUCAUUCUAUUAUCCAUGGCAAUCGCUAUAGCGUAUAGAUUUGCUAAGCUGCCUCUUAGAACCAAGCUUCUGUCAACUCUUUUUGUUUCUAUAAUAUGUGACUAUCAUGCCUUAGUAACCAGCAUCUGCUGUCCCAGUCAGAGUCAGUACUGCAACAAAGCCACGUUGCAGAUCUAUGCAGCUGCAUGAAAGGAAACUGCCUCACCAGCCCUGUCAGUGUGGGAACUUCCAUGCCUAGGGAUAAGCUUUGGUUUUCCCAAGUAAGAUCUAUCCUUCAGAGGAUUAGCUGGAAGAAGCCCUUUCCUGUUCUGCUCAUUUUGUCAUUAACAGCUUUCCCCAAUCAGGUGCCUGCCAGAUAUGUUGGACUGCAACUCCCAUAGUUCCCAGCUGAGCUAUCUGGGGAUUGUGGGAAGUGUUGUCUAGCACAUCUGGAGGACACCAGGUUGGGGAAGGCUGAGAAUAGUUUGCCCCUCUCCUUCCGUCUUUAUCCUGUAGGUGAUAUUUUAGGCCAGUAAAUCUGUACUCAUGGACUCCUGUGGCCCAUUUGAAAAUCCUCCAGCCAACUCUGCAGACAACCUGUUUUGCACCAUCCCAUAUGGCUUGUUGUGCAUCCUCUGAGUCUUUCGGAGUCUUGUUUUCUUUGGUUCCUGCACCUGUAGUUGGAGUGAAAGACAAGAUGCUCUCGAGCCUUUCUUCCUUCCCUUGCUUGCUCUGUCUUACCAGGGCCUGUAGAAAUCCUGAUUGUAUAAAUUCCUAGUAUAUAAGCUAAAACUUGUUUGGCCCCAGUUAGCUGAUCAAAUUGAGCGAAGCACCCCUCAUCCUACAGGACUUGUAGGGCAAUAUGAGUAGUUGUAUCCCAGGUCAUUGCUGCAAUAUUUUAUGUGAGGCACAGCUUUUUUUUGGGGGGGGGGGGCUGCUGCUGCUCUAGAAUUGGUCCAUGACUGAUCAUCAGAACAUGGCCUACCUAAUACACUGCUGUGUUCUACCAUUACUUUGGGUAGCUGGAUUUCAUAGUAAUGUUUAUUUGAGUCAUGUCAUUGUAAGGAUUGGGCUCAAAAUAGUUGGCUAAAAACCUCAGUGUGUUUUCUGUAGAUACUUAGUCCUAUCCUUGGGUAGUGGCAGUGGUGGGGAAAUAGCUGCAUGGGAACGCUUAUAUGUUUGCUGGAUUUUCCUAGCUGGGCAAGCAGAAGGGUGAUACCAGUGAAUGUAAACAAUCUCUUAUAGCAGAAGAAACACAUAUGUAGCAAGUAUGUAAUUUUAAGUGGGCAAUUACUAAAAGUUGUCAGGAGCCUCCAAUACCUUGUUUUUCUGAAUAUAGCAAAUAAGAGUGAAACUCUCAUUUCUCACGUACGGGUUAGUAUUGUCCUUCCAGUUUUAGCAGUGCUGCUAUACCAGACUUGAUGUGUUCAUAUUAAGAAAAAUAAAGUUGUAUAUUAAUCUUUUGCUUAAUGUAGUUAAACCAAGAAAGGCAAUACUAAAGGCAUAUUUUUUCCAAAUAUGAUAUUUUUACUGCACUGAUAAAUAUUGUAACAUCUCUAAUCCUAACUCUUCAGCUGAUGGGGGAGCUGCAUGCCAGUCACCCAAACACUUGUGUGUGAAUGGUACCUAGGGGGCAUCUCUCUCCUUCCUUCCUCCUUUCUUCCUUCCUUCCAGAGGUGGGGCAACACUGCUGAAAGUAAGAGAAUGUUUAUCUCACUUUCAGGACAAAGCCAAGGACUUAUUAAGUUGUUGGGAUGGAGCAGAUAAUAACAGAGACAUAUUUGUUUGUUUGUUUGUUUUAAGUCGAUAAAUGAGGAAAUUUUAAACAUUUGGUCUGGAAUUUCUAUUAGAAAAUAUAUGCAUUUGCCAUCAAUCUUGUUGUUUUUUUAAAAACUUUCUUCAAUAGUUUUUGCAUUCCCCCUUGUUUUCUUGUUUUCUAUGGUUCUAGAGUAGUGUCUCUGUGUUCUAGAUGCUUCUAACUUUCUAGAACUCACUGACUCCAUUGGAAGCAAACCCACCUGAUCAGGAUUCUGGAUUUGAGUUGCAUUAACUGAGAUCCUAGAAUUCUGACAGAACACUUUGUUUUAUAUAUAAAGAAGGAUUAAAAUACUUACCUUACAAAAACUGUGACCUAAUGGCAAUAAUUACCUCAAAUGUGGGCAUUCAUCUUGGCUUUAGCCUUUUUUUCCUGAAAACAUGUAGCCAGCUUGAAUUUGGAGUUUAAAGAUACAUAAAUUAUGCUAACUGUAUGGGCGGGAAUAUUGAUAAAUGCCCACUCUGGUCAUUGUUGCUUUGAGUGAUUCUUUAAAAAUAAAAUGAUGAAACCAAGGAUUAAAUUACUUUUUAUGUAUUUUAAUUAAUUGUGAUGUUGAAAUGCACAUGUAAUUAUAUAUGUUCAUAGCUACUGUAAAAUGCUUCUGCCUUUGCGAAGAAGAUAUUUAAUGAAUCACAUUUUAAACCAAUAUGAACUGAACAGACUGUGGUUACUAAAAGAUUUCUGGCUACAUUUUAUAGUUAUAGUGUUUUAUAGUUUACAUUUAAACUGGUACUUUCUAACUAAGUGUUCUGUUUUUAAUAGUAUCUUCAGAAUCUCAGCACUACUAUCCCUUUACAUUUUUAUUUUGCCCUUUUAAGAGCAAAAGUAGAAGUGUGUCUUCAAAUAUGUGCAUUCUGUUCUGAGAUAUAACAUAGUAGUAGAAAGUCAGAUCAGAUAAAGUAAUUCCAAAGUUAAGAAAAAAAAAUCACUCCAUGCAUGUUGAAAGUAUAGCAAGUAUAGUCCAACAGAUGACCUAUUUAUUUUUGAAUUAAGAAGGAAAAAUAUGGAAACUAUUGGGGAUGAAUCAGAAGCACAAGAAUUCCCAACUAGCUAUUUCACUUAGGUGGCAAUCCUAAACAAAUUUACCAAGGUGUAAACCCUAAUAAACACAGUGGGGGUUACUUCUGAGUAAAAGUGUGUAGGAUUGCACUAUUAAGAUCCGAGCCUGAACAGAAAUACCUGUUUAAUGAGAACAAAGGGUAUUUAGAACAAGGGGUGGGAUUGGAUAGCUGAGUGGCUCAGCGCUAGGUCACACAAAUCCGUCAUUGUGUGUUUAUGGGCUCUAUAAUCACAUGACGCAGAAUCAUGAUGAUGUGCUUAGAAAGAUCUCGUAAAUGGCAAUCAUGGAUAUCAAGUGCAUUAUGCAUGACCUUUAGGAGAAAAUUGGGAUGCACUGCCCUUGGUAUGUGUUGUCCCACGCCUCAGUGUGGAUCAGUUGGAAAUAUUUAAAUGCAGGAAUGGCCACUAGCACUCCACGUGGAUGUCCACAGUUGGGAAAACCUGGGAAAGUCCUCAAAUGUUGAAUGAUUGCUUGCAGAGACAACAAAUCCUUGGAUUGGAUUGGAAAACAAUGACAGGCAGCGUUGUAAUUUUGUUGCUAUGCGUUUCUCUCUCCUAUAUUUCUCAUUAUACUUGUCACUCUAGAUCUAUUUGGAACCCCUAAACUAAAUAUGAAGAACUUGACCAAUUCCUUGUAAAUUUAAUUUGCCUGUUAGCCAAUGAUGGUAUAUUGAAUGCUGUUUCUUUAUUAUUGAUUGUAGUGAACUAUGUGUUUGGAUGUAAAUGGUCUUUCGGUUUCCUCUUUUUCUUUCAGUUCUGCCUAUAUCUGUUUAUAUGUGGGGUUUUCUUUCUUUCUUUCUUUCUUUCUUUCUUUCUUUCUUUCUUUCUUUCUUUCAGUCAAGUAACCUAACCAAUUAAUACAAAUGGAAAUGUUUUGCUGAGCAAAGAAGUGUUUUUAGACAAUAAAAGAAAUGAAAUGAAUACAUCAACACAUGCAGGAGAACUGGCACAAAGGUCAUUAUAUUUGAACAGCUGGGCUUCAUUGUGGAACCCACCACCUCAGCAGAGUUCCUCGCUUUGUUCUGUGCCAGCAUAUUCAUGGGUUACAAGGAGGAGGGAGAAAAGCAGUGCUUUUAGGCCCCAGUUAAAAAGACGUCUUCCACUGAAUGCCUUGGAAGGCCCCUGCCCAUGCCCCCGCAGGAAAUCCAUCGAAAACCACAGCAUCCUCACUAUAGCUCACUUUACCAAAGUGAUAACUUGGCAUGAAGCUGCAUCCUUUUGAAAGCCAAAUGGGAAGCUUGUUUUGAUUGCAGGCCUUAAGAAAGCCUGAAGAGGUAGGCUUCAGAAGCCCUUCGGCACAGUUAACAGCAGCUACCCAGCAACCACUUGUUCUUCCUUUUGUGUCAGCUGGCUUUGGAAAUACUCACUCAUUCAUUUUCAGGAGCUACAGGUUUUCUUUUUUAAAACUCUGGUCUUGGAGUCUGUAAAGCACGUAAGGGGUUUUUAACACGACAGAUCCAUAGUCCUUUGACUCUUCCUGGUUCCUCAGAAAGGGAAACACAACCUGCAGUGCUUCCCCUAUGGGUUGGCCACAUGCAACACUUCUGUCUUUUUGUCUGCUAAAUUCGGAUAUUUAUUCUCAAAGUGCUCUUUCCCUGGCUGUCCCAAGGUGCAGCUUUUGAGGCACAGAACCUGGCCUUCAUACCUUGUGCUUCAUCAGCUUAGUAAAAGGAGAAAAAAACAAGGCAUUUUUUCCGCCAAAAUUGUACACAGACGAAAUUGGAAUUUAUCAUCUGCAAAGUUUACACCAUUUUUUUUUCCAUAUGAGAGGACGACAGUAGCUUUAUUUGAAAGGGGAGAAAGAAAGGAAGUACCUUGGCAUUUGAGAGUCUAUAUUGUGGUAGUUAAAAAACACACUAGAGAACAUAUGUGGGAAUAUUUGGGUCCUUUUGACAUAACUAAAAUGAUACUCUAUAUCUGCUUAGUGCCCAUAAACCCAAUAUGCUCUGAAUGGACAGGAAAAUAUACACUACACAAUAACUUUGAAAAAAAGAGAGCAAGAGAGAGGGCAAAAAUCUUGAACUACUUUCUAAAACACAAAAAGCACCCCGACCCUCUCACCUGCUUGAUAUUUCAAAGGGUUCUGUUUCCUAUAUACUAUAUCAUCUCAGUUAAAAAAACCCCAUGAAAGCCCUGAUUGGUUGUAUUCUUUCACUGUAUGGUUCUGUAUUGAGUGUUAAUCCAUGUUAAAACUUUGUGGAAAUUAUUGUGUGCAACAGUAUUUUCUUGUGUAUUGUUUAUUUUCUUUUAUUUUCUGUGAAUUGUCCCCUUUUAUCUUUCUUUUUUCCCUUUUGUUACUUGUUAUUUUUUUCCUUCUGGUAAUGUCUUUGAAAAAAAAAACCAGAAAAGAAACUGAUGUGUUGUAGAACUAUAUGUAACCUACUCCUUAGUCUCAUAUUAUAGGUAUGUUAUAAGAAUGGAUAUUUUACUUGGCUUUAGAAUGUUUUACAAGAAAACUAAUUCUUAACCAAUCAAGUUCUUGCUACUAAAAAAAAAAAUAAUGCUUGUGUUUCUCAUCAUGACAUUGUGUGCUUCUAAUUAAUAAUCAUUUUCGUUGUAGAAAAAUGGAGUGAAUUUAUAUUAGACUUGAAAACUAAUAAUAGCAUUGUAAAUUUAUGAGAUGAUUUUAACAGAAAAAAGCAUUAUAGAAGAAUAUAGUUAUUUUAACUGUAAUAUUACUAACUGUAGGGUGAGAAAGGGGGUCCCGUUGUGGUGAACUAUGUUAUAGCUUGUUAUUCACAGUUUCUUUUUGAUCAUUUUUUCGGUCUCUGAGGUGAAACGAGUUAUUAAUCAGAAUUUGUAAACUCACAUAUGCAUAUUGUAUAUGUGUAGAAAUGUAAUCACACUUUGUCUUGGAAUUACAUUAAACGGUUUUAAAUCAC